CGAAAAAAUUAUUUUUUUUUUGUUUUUCCCUGUUUCAUUUAACUGUCAACAGCAGCGCCUGAAAGAUGAUGUUCCAAAAGAUUCGCGUUCAAAACCCCAUCGUCGAGAUGGACGGCGACGAAAUGACUCGCGUGAUCUGGAAGAUGAUCAAGGAAAAGCUCAUCCUCCCCUACUUGGAUAUCGACAUCAAAUACUUCGACACCGGCCUGGUCAACCGAGACGCGACGAACGACGAGGUGACCAUGGAGGCGUCCAGGAUGUGCGCCAGGUGCAACGUGGGCGUCAAGUGCGCGACCAUCACUCCAGACCAAGCGCGCGUCAGAGAAUUUGGCUUGAAGUCCAUGUGGAAGAGCCCCAACGGGACGCUGCGGAACUACCUGGGCGGGACUCUGUUCAGAGAACCCAUCGUGAUCAACACGAUUCCGAGACUCGUGCCGGGGUGGACCAAGCCUAUCAUCAUAGGCAGACACGCGUUCGGCGAUCAGUACUGCGCGACCGACGUGACAGUUCACGAGCCGGGGAAGCUCGAGAUGACGUUCACGCCCGCAAACUCGUCCAACAAGAGAACGUUCGAGGUCUUCAACUUCAAACCUGAGGGGGGCGUGUUCAUGUGCAUGUACAACACGGACAGCAGCAUCCGCGAAUUCGCCACGUCGUGCUUCGAAUACGCCCUGAGCCGGUGCAUGCCGCUGUACAUGUCGACCAAGAACACGAUCCUGAAGAGCUACGACGGGCGAUUCAAGGACACGUUCCAAGAAAUCUACGAGCAGAAGUACCGCGCGGCCUUCGAAAAGGCAGGCAUCUGGUACGAGCACCGCCUCAUCGACGACAUGGUCGCAUUUGCCAUGAAGAGUAACGGCGGGUACAUAUGGGCCUGCAAGAACUACGAUGGCGACGUUCAGUCGGACUCGAUAGCUCAAGGGUUCGGGUCGCUGGGCCUGAUGACUUCUACGCUGCUCGCUUCGGACGGGAAGACGCUGGUCGCAGAGGCAGCGCACGGGACCGUCACGCGUCACUACCGCCUCCACCAGCAAGGAAAAGAGACGUCAACCAACCCCAUCGCCUCCAUUUUCGCUUGGUCUCGCGGCCUCGCUCACCGCGCCAAGUUGGACUCCAACUCCAGGCUGACCACGUUUGCCAGCAACCUGGAGGAAGCGUGCAUUCGCACGGUCGAGAGCGGCAAGAUGACCAAGGACCUGGCUUUGUGUAUCAACCCGGAUGUCAAUAUGCUAAAGCGCACGGACUACCGUUCCACGGAGGAGUUCAUGGAGGACGUCGCGACGUCGUUGAGGUCGCUAAUGCCUCGAAUGUACCGCAGCAAGCUGUGAAAAUCGUUAAAAGAGGGUUGCUUAGAGAGGUUGUUCCCUUCUCUGACAUGAGUA